UCAAACAUACACAACUUGGACUCAACUUGUGUUGGAUCUCUAUUUAGGCCCCCCCACACCUUCUUUCCUUUGCUUUCUAUUUACCUUUUCACACAAAUUCAUCACUCCAUGUAACCAAUUCAUAAACCAUUUUAUUUUAGGCCUUUGGGACACACACAAAAAACAUUCAUCUUCUUUUUUCUGGGUCUAAUUUCUUCAUCUCUUCCUUCAUGGAAAACCAGUUCUUCCUCAAUGCUCCUCAGCUGCAUUAUGACCCUUCACCACCUCCUUGUCCACCCUCUUGGCACUCACUCUCUUCUCCCAUGGAUGUUCAAGUUUUGAAUUCUUCAACCGAGAGAACACAGGAUUGCUUUUACACACCGCCGUGGGAGAAGUCAACGGAUCAUGCUCUUCACUUUGAUUCUGCACUCAGUUCAAUGGUGUCUUCUCCUGCAGCUUCCAAUUCCAACAUGUCAACUGACAACUUUGUCAUCAGGGAGUUGAUAGGGAAAUUGGGAAACAUUGGUGGUGGUGCUGGUGGCUCUGAUGAGAUCUCACCUCAUUCUCAGCCUUUGCUUGCUGCUGCAUCUUCUUCCUACAUCAAUGGCAAUAACAGCACCAACACUUCAUGUUACAGCACCCCUUUGAGUUCUCCUCCCAAGAUCCCCACAAUGAUGAAUCACUUGGUGAAAGAGGGGUUGAAUUCCAGUGUGGCAGAAUUCUCAACUGAUCCUGGUUUUGCUGAGAGGGCUGCAAAGUUUUCUUGCUUUGGAAGUAGGAGUUUCAAUGGCAGGACCACCCAAUUGGGCCCCACCAAUGCCGAGUUGACUCACAGAUCUUCUUCUCCAUUGCUGGAAAAUGGGAAGCUCCCCAGAGUCUCAAGUACUCCAUCUCUCAAAGUGCUUGGAUCUCUGGUGAGUUCUCAGGAGAACAAGAAUUCUCCAUUGCAAGACCAAAUGGAAGUGGCCAAUUCUCAAGAGGAAUCAACAAUCUCAGAACAGAUUCCAAAUGGGGACAAUGGGGUGAAACCUUCCCCUUAUGCGAAUUCUAGAAAAAGAAAAGGUCCAUCCAAAGGAAAAGCCAAGGAAACUUCAACUUCAACUUCAACCCCCACCAACACCAACACCAACCCCAACCCCAACCCCAACCCCAACCCCCCUAUGGCUGCUGAAGCCAGUGAAGAUUCAAAUGCAAAGCGCAGCAAAACUAACGAAGGUGAGGGCAAUGAAAAGGGCCAAGUGAAGGCAGAGGAAGAGUCCAAAGGGGUAACUAGUAAUGCAAAUGACGACAAACAGAACAAGAGUAACUCAAAACCCCCAGAGCCUCCAAAGGAUUAUAUUCAUGUCAGAGCAAGAAGAGGUCAAGCCACUGACAGUCACAGUCUUGCAGAAAGAGUCCGGAGGGAGAAAAUCAGUGAAAGAAUGAAACUUCUCCAAGAUCUUGUCCCAGGUUGCAAUAAGGUGACAGGUAAAGCACUUAUGCUUGAUGAAAUUAUAAACUAUGUGCAGUCAUUGCAGCGCCAAGUUGAGUUUCUGUCCAUGAAGUUGGCUUCUGUUAACACCAGGCUGGAUUUUAGUAUUGAGAGUCUAAUCUCGAAAGAUAUAUUUCAAUCAAAUAAUUCUUUGGCACAGCCAAUAUUCCCACUAGAUUCCUCAGCACCAGCCUUUUAUGGGCAACACCCUCAACCAAACCCAGCAAUCCACAGUAACAUUCCUAAUGGAACUGUGUCCCACAACUCAGUGGACCCAUUGGAUUCUGGUUUGUGCCAAAACCUUGGCAUGCAGUUACCUCACCUAAGUGCCUUUAAUGAAGGUGCCUCUCAGUAUCCAAUAGCAUUCUCUGAAGAUGACCUCCACACCAUUGUUCAAAUGGGUUUUGGCCAAACUGCAAAUGGGAAAACAGCAGUACAAGCUCAGAGUUUCAAUGGCUCAAAUCAAGUACCCCUAUGAAAGUUAUGAAAGUUAAGCUCUCAUCACCAUUCAUUACGCCUGAAUUGAAGCUGGGAGGAAUAGAAAAAAACUGCUUCUGUACACAACAAGAAGAGAUUUAAUUUGAACGACCCCUUGAAUUAUUAAGCCAUUAUUAUCAUCAUAAGUAGGUAUAAUAGAACCCUCUUUUGUCCUUAUGCUACCCAUUUCUUUUCUCACCAUGAUUUUAAAUUUUUAAUCUUCAGGGGCAGUUCUUUUCAUUAUUUUUUUCUUACAACUAUUCACUGUAAAAUCUUUAGGACCGAUUCUGUAUUCUCUUGGUGCAAAUUCUUAUUAUUACAGCACCAAUUGUAAGAUAUAGUGCUAAUUAAAGGAGUUUUUCUUCUA